AUGACCAUCCAGAGCAUCACCGGAUCAUCUUUCAGCGGUGGAGAUGUCAGCGCUGGAUCAGAAAAGGUAUAUCAGAACUAUUUGAUGCCGACAUUAAAACUCUACGAUGCGAAAGUAUCAAUCAACCACUGGCAGCUCCGGGACUGUGUCAAGUGCUCAUCUACCGGCCUGGGGAGCGUAUACUACAUAUACGACCAUUCGAUACGGACUUUGGACACCCGUUCGACAGCUGCAGAGCUUCAAAAUGAAAAGAUGGAGCGGCGGCGGCGAAGGUCGUCGCUGUGCGGGGGGCAGCGGUCCGACCCCUGGCGGGAUCACCGGGCGCCGUCAGAACUCGUGGUACAAUUUGAUUACAAACCCCGUUGUUUCCGGGAGAACGGCGGGCUCAUAGCGUGUGGUGGACUGAUCAGCUCUGACGAUAUUGGCAGCACGGUCAGCCGCUCAGGGCGACAUGAAGACUCUGAUGGUGGAGGACAGUCCACAGGAGUACUUACACCAUCGCAGGUAGAGCCCAUUCGGCUGGCUAACAGCGAUAUCCUCACAGAUUACAGCUUCUAUGGAGAUCAACAGUCUUGGAAGGGCAUACUUGCCUUAUACAACAUGGAGAACGGAGUCUCUUUAACGUACAAGUUAGGCCAGUAUAUUAACAACUGCGUCGAAUUAUACCAGCGGACCUCACAGCAAUACGAUUUAUACACUUGUAAUAAUGACAGCCAUUUGUACCAGUGCGAUGUUAGUAAUAGGGGAGUGGAGCUUACGCGCCGGUAUUCCGACUUAAAAUUUGCUUUAAACUGCUCGGCAAUAUCACACGAUGGGAAGACGAUGGUGGUUUCGGGAGAUUCCAGCAAGUUUGCGGUCUAUAGACAGAAUGAACUAAGCGGUUGUUUUUCAUUACAAUAUGACGCCGCUCCUGAGUGGGGUUCAAAAUGGUCGCGCACAAAGUGCGUUCCAAGGUAUGCCGCGGUCGAUAGAUCCGAAGUCCUAGAUCGUAUUUACGAUUCGCCUGGUGGUGAUAACGGCUUUUACACAAGCUAUAGCGAAAACGACGUGCACAUGGCUACGAUAUUCCAAAACGGCCUCUGUCUGGUGUACGAUAUGAGAAAAAUGGACACGCCUCUUGCGGAGAUACCUUCAACUCGAAGACAUGCACAGAACGGGUCCUUUAGGGUGUGCAAGUUUAGCCGCUCGUUUGAUGACCUACUAUUUAUCUCGGAACACCAAAGCCACGUCCAUGUUGUGGAUACACGGAAUCUAAUGAAUCAUCAAGUGAUAGUCAUACCUGAUAAAGUGAGAAGUCCGGACGAAAACCUCACACCAAGCCCCAAUUCGGGCGUGUCUAGAUCGCCCCCAGCACCGUCCAUUGAUGAUCCAUGCGUUACACGCGCGACGAGGCUACCGAUUAGAAGUUUAGAACCGGAGGUGUUACCAUACCCUGAUGUUGCCCAAUAUUCCAACAAUUUUCAAAAUGUCUCAUCGGAUGAAGACGCAAUUGAUCAACUUUCGUCGGGGGUUUUCCAAAAUAGAAGGAGGCGUUCUACAUUUCGCGUUAGACGCUACUCAACAAGUUCAAUCAUCAACUCUAAUUAUCCAAGGGCACUUGAGGACAUCGAUCCAAGUAUUUUGGAUCAUCACUAUACACAACACAACUACCGCGCUGUUGAUAAUUAUAACUAUGUGAAUGAUCAACCUCAGCGCGGUUCGCCUGCGCGGGUAUCAAGAAGAGUGCUGGUACCUGGCAGGUCUCGGCGCGCCAUGGCAGUCGAAGAUAUAGACGACGAUACACUUGAAGAAGAUAAUGGGCCUGAGGAUGAAGAUGAUAACCCUAUGAUGGGCUACGCGGAAGCAUAUAAUGAAAUUAAUGAGAUCACACAUGGUUCCCAAUUCCGUUUCGAGAACGUACCACAAUCUUCGGCGAUUCCUCGUCGCCAGGGUAUUUCGAUGGCCUUAACUAAUAUUUUAAACAGAACGAGGGAUAGUGGAAACAGGUCUUCUCGAACACCAGCUUUUUCUACGGCUUCUGGGUCAGACCUAUUUGAAGAAAAUAGCAUUUCUGGGAUAGAUUGGGUUCAGGAUCAAGAAGGUAGCUCCCUCAUAAUUGGAACUGAUUAUGGAAUAAUCAAGUGGAACAUCAACUCCUGGGCGAGAAGAAGUUUCCCAUGUUAUGAUUUUUGUUGA